AUGUUUUCCAAGGCCAUGCUUGGUUGCUUCCAAGGCAAAUACAGAACUCGUGAAACUAACAGAAACAAACCUUGGGAAUAGCCUAAAUCUGGAGCCUUAGAUAAAAUAUAGUAAUAAUAAUAACAUAGGCAGCUCAGAGUUGUAAGUCCAAAACAGCGCAGAAAAACGUGUAAAAGGCAGAGGCUCGUAUGAGACGCCUCGCCUUUUCUCUUCCGGCGACUCCUCCUGAAACUUAGGGUUCCGUACUAUCGGCAGAUACAACAGAAACUCCUUUUUCUUUUUUCCAUUUUUGGAAAAAAGUUUUAUAGUGAAUUUCGUUCGAAGCUGACGAUUACUCAUUGAUCAAACAUCAGAUUUUCUUUGGGAAUCAAUCCGGUGAAGCAGGGUGGUUUUCUGCAAAUUCUCAUCUGGUUGGUCUAUGAUUAAAGAUGAGAACAUUUGUUCUGUAUGUCCGUCAAUUUAGAUCAGCUUUUCAACAUCGACGAUACAGCUUCCCGAGUGACUUGUCAAGGAGGCAAAAGGUUUCCGAAAAUUGGCAGACGAGUGGUGCUUCCAAGCCCCUUCACAAUGCUGGAAUUGCUAGAUAUUUACUCCCCGUGUCUAUGGUUACAAGAAAUCUGGUCACUGAUUCUGCAAAAGUUGCUAAUGAAGUAAAAGAGGUAAGCAGAGCAGGGCCACUUGUGGAGUAUGACCGAAGAAUUGCUGAGGGUGAACUUGUGGAUGGUGAUAACUGUCAGGUAGGCACCUUAAGAGAACUUCAGAGACUCUAUGAUGACCUUGUAAUGUCAGCCGAUGCCUGCAGUUUGGAUCGCUAUGAAGCUUCUGAGAAAGCUGGGAGGAGUCGGUGGUUGUGGUCCCGCUUCAUACCACAAUCUUCAUAUUCACCUGUGAAAGGACUCUAUCUUUAUGGAGGAGUUGGCACAGGGAAAACUAUGUUGAUGGACUUGUUCUUCAACCAACUGCCAGACAGCUGGAGGAAAAGAAGGAUUCAUUUUCAUGACUUCAUGCUGGAUGUUCAUAGCCGCUUGCAAAGGCACAAGGGUGUAGCAGAUCCACUUGAAGUUGUUGCAGGAGAGAUAUCCGAUGAAGCAAUUUUGUUAUGUCUUGAUGAAUUCAUGGUAACUGAUGUUGCUGAUGCAUUGAUACUGAACCGUCUUUUCAGACAUCUAUUCAGCAAUGGCUCGAUUCUUGUUUCAACAUCAAAUCGAGCCCCAGAUAAACUGUAUGAAGGUGGAUUGCAGAGGGAUCUUUUUCUCCCCUUCAUUUCCACUUUAAAGGAAAGAUGUAUAAUUCAUGAAAUUGGUUCGUCAACAGAUUAUCGGAAAAUGACUUCGGCUGAGCAAGGUUUCUACUUCAUUGAGAAAGAUGCAUCAGGCCUUGUUAAGAAAAAGUUUCAACAUUUGAUUGGAGAACAUACUGCUGUCCCACAAGAGGUGGAAGUUGUCAUGGGACGGAAAUUGCAGGUUCCUUUGGGUGCUAAUGGAUGUGCAUAUUUUCCUUUUGAGGAUCUCUGCGACAAACCCCUUGGAGCUGCAGAUUAUUUUGGCCUGUUCAAAAAAUUUCAUACCCUAGCACUGGAAGGUGUGCCAAUUUUUGGGCUCCACAAUAGAUCAGCAGCAUAUCGAUUUGUCACUUUAGUUGAUGUGAUGUACGAGAACAGGGCCAGACUGUUAUGCACAGCUGAGGGAAGUCCUCUUCAACUUUUUGAAAGGAUUGUGACAAUCGCUGAUGCCCAAAAUAUGGCUCCUAGAACCUCAUCAAGAUCAAGGAAAAAUGAUGAUUUUGACCUUUGUGUGGACAAUGAACUGGGAUUUGCAAAAGACCGCACUAUUAGUAGACAUACAAAAGUAACAUACAUUUUAUGAAAUGUCACUUGGAGCUCUCUCUCUCUCUCUCUCUCUCUCUGUGUAGAAGUCUCAUUAUACUACUCACUAUGUAGUGCUGGGGAAUAAUAUUUAUUCCACAACCAGGGAAGACUUUUUCCUCUUUAACUUCGAAUCUUCAAGUUUUGAUUUCUUUAUAAUAUUAUUAAUUUUGAUUCCUAAAUAAACACAAAACCUCUGCUUAUAGGGACUCCUUCUUGUUAAGCUCUCUUUCUUGAAAGGAACCUUUGCUGAAAUGGGAACAUCAAAUCCAUCUAUUUCAAAGAUUAAUAUUGAGUGUCCUCGUUAUUAUAAGAACAUGCUCUACAAAAGUAUGUUAUUUUUACAUGCUUCUUCUAACUAAUUUCAUUUAUUUUUUCCUCUUUUGUAUAAAGAUUAAAUAAUUUGAAAAUGCACAAGUUUUUUUUUGAUAAAUAAACAUGAAGUAAUAUUAUCAAAGGCAAACAACCACAAAGCAUAUAGGAUGUAUACAAAGUAGUUUGAAGAUGCACAAGUUUUUAAUUAAUUUU